AGAAGAGCACAGGCUGUUCCACUGUGAAGAAGCUGAGGAUCUGUGAAGAAGUGAAGACGUCGUAUUUGGCUGUAUUUUAACGUUUUUCCAGCAGCUCAGACUGUCUUUAGUCUUUAGUUGAGUGUUCUUCCCUGUGCUGAGAUAUGCCGGACCAAGGUGAAGAUCCUGCUCUGAAUGAUGUGGGCGUUAACAGCGUUCCUAGUUUUAAGGCAGAAGAUACAGUGCUCCAGCUGUCUGAUGCUAAAAAACCCAAACCUGAGUUGGAGGGGCUUCAGUUCGGCACCGUGUUCACAGAUCACAUGUUGGUGAUUGAGUGGAGCAGUGAGGGCGGGUGGGAGAAACCUCGGAUUCAGCCUUUUGGAAACCUGAGCAUCCACCCUGCCUGCUCCGCCAUGCACUACGCUGUUCAGCUUUUUGAGGGAAUGAAGGCCUACAGAGGAGCAGAUGGAAGAGUGCGACUGUUUAGACCCAUGCUGAACAUGACGCGAAUGCUAAAAUCUGCCAACAGAGCCUGUUUACCUGGUUUUGAUCGUGGUGAGCUGCUGGAGUGCAUCAGGAAACUGGUGGAAGUGGAUCAGGAAUGGGUUCCUCAGUCUGAAUCUGCUAGUCUUUAUAUUCGUCCCACUUUUAUCGGGACUGAGCCUUCUCUAGGUGUAAAGAAGCCCUCGAGAGCGAUGCUGUUCGUGAUCCUCUGUCCUGUCGGCUCGUACUUCAGCACAGGGACCAAACCGGUGUCUCUGUGGGCCGACUCUAAAUACAUCAGAGCCUGGAGAGGAGGAACAGGAGACUGCAAAAUGGGAGGGAACUAUGGAGCUUCUAUCUACGCCCAGUAUGAGGCCGUGGAUUACGGCUGCCAGCAAGUGCUGUGGCUGUACGGAGACGACCAUCAGAUCACGGAGGUCGGCACCAUGAACCUGUUCCUGUACUGGAUCAACGAGAAAGGAGAGGAAGAACUUGCGACGCCUCCUCUGGAUGGGAUCAUCCUGCCAGGCAUCACACGGCAGAGCAUCUUGGAUAUUACACGGCAAUGGGGGGAGUUUAAAGUGUCGGAGCGGUACCUGACCAUGGCUGAUCUUCGUCUGGCUCUGGAGGAGGAGCGUGUGAAGGAGAUGUUCGGUUCAGGAACAGCGUGUGUGGUCAGUCCGGUUGGCCGUGUGCUGUAUCAGGGAGAGAAUCUUCAGAUUCCCUGUGAGAGUAACUGUCCCCCACUCGUCUCUAGACUUCUGAAGGAGCUCACAGACAUCCAGUACGGCCGAACACCAAGCGACUGGUCUCUCCUCGUGUAGACGGAUCUCGAUUUUGAGUUGUUGGGUUUCUGCAAUGAUACGACAAAAAACUCUUAACGCACAUGUAUAACUAAAUACACACACAGGGUACAAAACCAAGACCAUUAAAACAUGAAUAUGAACUGAUUAGAAAAUGAACGGAUUAUUCUAUUAAGUAAUGUGCAAAAAUGUGAAAAUAUGAUUAUAAAAUGUAAUUGCAAUAUUCCCUUUACUUUCCUUAAUGUACUUAAUGCAAUAAGGUGUCCUUCAUAAUUAGUGCCAUUCAUUGUGCAUAAUAUAAUAUUACCCAUAUAUAUAUACAUAUAUACAGCUCUGGAAAAAAUGAAGAGAGCACUUCAGUUUCUGAAUCAGUUUCUCUGAUUUUGCUAUUUAUAGGUUUAUGUUUGAGUAAAAUGAACAUUGUUGUUUUAUUCUAUAAACUACAGACAACAUUUCUCCCAAAUUACAAAUAAAAAUACUGUCAUUUAGAGCAUUUAUUUUAUUUAAUACCUCAAAUAAUGCAAAGAAAACAUAUUCAUAAAGUUCAGAAAUCAAUAUUUGGUGGAAUAACCCUUGGCAUCAUGUUCUUCUCCUCCACCAGUCUUACACACUGCUUUUGGAUAACUUUAUGCUGCUUUACUCCUGGUGCAAAAAACAAUUCAAGCAGUUCAGUUUGGUGGUUUGAUGGCUUGUGAUCAUCCAUCUUCCUCUUGAUUAUAUUCCAGAGGAUUUUAAAUUGGUAAAAUCAAAUAAACUCAUCAUUUUUAAGUUCUCUCUUAUUUUUUUUACCAGAGUUGUAUAAAUGAUAAAUGAUCUGUUUUAAUCCUAUACAGUACAUAUAAGCACAAAGUGUAUUGCACAUAGAUUACAGAUUAUCAGCUGUUUUUAAGGUUACUUUACCAAAAUAUGAAAAAUUACAAAAGACCCAAAAGCUUCGAUGCUCUAAAGAGUGAGAAUCAAGAGAAUCAAAAUUAAAUUUGCUUUUAAAUAGAACAAAUAAAAAAUAACUUUUUUUAAAUAUGGAGAUUUUAAUUUGAUUGGAUUUAGAGUGAUUUUGUAUUGAUGGGUUCUUGGGUUCAUAAAGUUUUUUUUUUCUUUUUAACUAAGAUUUAAACUUCAACCAUAGAUCAUCAAUUGUUACACACUUACCUAAGACAGACCUAUAUGUACUAGUGCAUCUCAAAAAGAGUGUUACAUUAUUUCAUUAAUUCAGUUUUAAAUGUAAAACUCAUAUAUUAUAUAGAUGUAUUAAACACAGAGUGAUCUAUUUUAAGUGUUUAUUUCUUUUAUUGUUGAUGAUUAUGAAGCUUACAGCCAAUAAAAACCCGAAAAAUCAGUGUCUCAGAAAAUGAGAAUAUUUUCUGAGAUUAUAUAAGAUCAAUUGGUGCUUUUGGAGCAGUGUGUGCAGUGUGCCAAGUCCUGCUGGAAAAUGAAAUCCACAUCUCUAUAAAAGUUGUCAGUAGCAGAGGGAAGCUGUAAGAUAUGAAGUGCUGUAAGAUUUUGUGGGAAAACAAAACUGCUCUGACUUUAGACUUGAUAAUAAAACACAGUGGAUCGACACCAGCAGAUGACAGACAUGACUCUCCAAACCAUCACUGAUCAUCAGUAAAUUUUACUUUAUUUAAUUUAAAGGAAAUCAAGGGAGCAGAGUCUGGAGGAAGAGUGGAGAGACACACAGUCCAAACUGCUCGAGGUCUAGUGUGAAGUUUCCACCAAUCAGUGAUGGUUUGGAGAGUCAUGUCUGUCAUCUGCUGGUGUUGAUCCACUGUGUUUUAUUAUUAAGUCUAAAGUCAGUGCAGUUUUGUUUUCCCACAAAAUCUUACAGCACUUCAUAUCUUACAGCUUCCCUCUGCUACUGACAACUUAUUUUAUGGAAAUGAGGAUUUCAUUUUCCAGCAGGAUUCUUGGCACACUGCCCACACUGCUCCAAAAGUACCAAUUGGUCUUUUGAUAUAGUAUUCUAAUUUUAUUCUACACUGAUUUUUGGGUUUUCAUUGGCUGUAAGCUUCAUAAUCAUCAACAAUAAAAGAAAUAAACGCUUAAAAUAGAUCACUCUGUGUGUAAUAAAUACAUUUUCAAUGAUAUUCUAAUUUUUUGAGAUGCACUAGUACAUGUGUAUAUAUAUAAAAACUUGGAGAGUUCACAUGGACGUGUCCUUCUCUUCUUUGGAGAGUUUGAUGUGUGCAUUGUAUGGAGCCUGUAGGGAGCUACAGGUACAGGUGUGCACUCAGGAGACACGUGGAGCAGAAGUUGAGAUGUUGAGAUGUUGCAGAAGCUGCAUGUUUGCACUACAGAGGGCACAAGUGCUGGGUAAUGACUCUGCCUAAGUACCUUUGGCUGGUAAUUGAUGAAAAAACAUUGCAUUUAAAAGCUUCACACUUGUUUUUCGUAUUAGCUCAAGCACUGGAAGGGAACGUACUGUAGACGUCCACCACUUCCAUGUGAUCUCAGUGACUCCAGCGUUAUCUCAAUGUCUUAACCUUAAAGUACUUUAGACCUGUGUUGCCUUGAAUUGAAUUUUAGCGAUUAGAAGAAGAAAAAUGCAGUUUGUUGGAUUAUAGGUCUAUGUUUUAUACUGUAGAUGCCUAUAUAUUUGUUGUUGUUGUCGAUGUGUCAAAGUGCACUACAUGAGAAAAAUAAGAAAUGUCAUGUCAUGUUCUCCUCAUUAAAUAAAUGUGCGAAUCAACA